GUGAGGUAAAGCUGAAAGGAAAGCCACAUUCUGUGUGAACAGCAAUGUUUAAGGGAGGGGAUGAGAGGAGAAGAGCUUGUCCCUACAUACUGAGAAGGUGAAGAAGAGUUGGGCUGAGGAAUAGAGGCCAGUGCAUGAGAAUGUGUCGUGCAGUGAGAAAUUAUGAGAAACAUUGCUAAGGAAAUGGGGAGGAAACAAAGCACAGACCAGAAAGAAAGGACAAGAGCUGCAGUGUGGACCUGACGAGCUUCUUUCCUCUGGAGUCAGUAAAAGGACUUUUACCAUGAAUAAUUCUGCUCCAGCUACAGCUAAUGGGAAUGACAACAAGAAAUUCAAAGGAGGCAGAUCUCCAUGCUCCCCUUCUCGUGUCCUUCAUCUUCGUCAAAUUCCAAGUGAUGUCACUGAAGCAGAAGUUAUUUCAUUAGGUCUUCCUUUUGGCAAAGUGACCAAUCUGUUGAUGCUAAAAGGAAAAAGUCAGGCUUUUUUGGAAAUGGCUUCUGAAGAAGCUGCUGUUACUAUGGUGAACUACUAUACUCCUGUUACACCUCUCCUCCGCAGUCAGCCUAUUUAUAUUCAGUAUUCCAAUCACAGAGAACUUAAGACUGACAAUCUACCUAAUCAGGCUAGAGCCCAAGCUGCAUUGCAAGCUGUGAAUGCUGUGCAGUCUGGAAGCCUGGCUAUAACAAGUGCUCUUGCUGCUGAAGGUGGACUCCUUCCAGGUCAAGGUUCUGUUCUUCGAAUCAUUGUUGAAAAUCUUUUCUACCCUGUCACUUUGGAAGUGCUGUAUCAGAUUUUCUCUAAAUUUGGACCUGUCUUGAAGAUUAUCACCUUCACAAAGAACAAUCAAUUUCAAACCUUGCUCCAGUAUGCUGACCCAAUCAGCGCAUAUUAUGCCAAAAUGGCUCUGGAUGGCCAAAAUAUCUACAAUGCAUGCUGCACUCUGCGUAUAGACUUCUCCAAGUUAACAAGCCUGAAGGUAAAGUACAACAAUGACAAAAGCAGAGAUUUCACUCGCCUUGACCUUCCCUCUGGUGAUGGCCAGCCAGCCAUGGACUCCACCAUAUCUGCUGCCUUUGGCACCCAUGGUAUCACGUUCCCACCAUAUGCAGGGGCUUCUGGAUUUGCACCAGCUAUGGGCUUUCCGCAUGGUGCUGGUCUUUCCGUUCCAGCUGUUCCUGGAGCACUUGGUUCUCUUGCAGUCACCACAUCUGCAGCAUCUGGACGGAUAACUAUUCCAGGUGUUACUGGUGUUCCAGGAAAUUGUGUUUUACUAGUCAGCAAUCUCAACCCUGAGGCCAUCACACCACAUGGACUUUUCAUCCUAUUUGGUGUGUAUGGUGAUGUGCAUCGUGUGAAGAUCAUGUUUAAGAAAAAAGAAAAUGCUUUGGUUCAGAUGGCAGAUGCAAACCAGGCUCAACUAGCUAUCAGCAACUUGAAUGGACAGAGGCUUUAUGGGAGGGUCCUCCACACUACUCUUUCAAAACAUCAGACUGUUCAACUGCCUCGUGAAGGACAAGAGGACCAAGGUCUGACAAAAGACUAUAGCAAUAGCCCAUUACAUCGCUUUAAGAAGCCUGGCUCUAAGAACUUCCACAAUAUCUUUCCUCCGUCUGCCACCCUGCAUCUCUCCAACAUCCCGCCUUCUGUUUCUGUUGAUGAUCUGAAGAACCUUUUUGCAGGUACUGGAUCUACUGUGAAAGCCUUCAGAUUCUUCCAGAAAGAUUGCAAAAUGGCUCUUAUCCAACUGGGCUCUGUGGAAGAAGCAGUUCACGCUCUCAUUGAGCUUCACAAUCAUGACCUUGGAGAUAACCAUCACCUCCGAGUUUCCUUCUCAAAAUCUACAAUCUGAGUUUUCUGUGAACAUUCUUUUUAAGACAGCAUCGCAGUUUUGGUUAAAAUCUUCAAAUAGAGACUGAAGCAGCUGUGACCAACUCUGCCUCUUAAAAGAAAAAGCUUAUUCAUACAAACAGCAAAGAAUUAGGGGAUGAUCUUUUCUGAUUGUAGCUGCCAGUAUGUGAUCAACAUUUAAUAUUCAUUCAUAAAAAGAUUCUUCUGUGAAAUAUCUUUUAGAAAUAAUAUUUAUCAUCAAUUUUCCUACUUAGAGGAAAAUUACUUUUGAGAAUAUCUUUUUAAUUUUUAUUCCAAAUCAGCCUUACAAAACAUUUUGGAGUGCUUUUACAAUAUACCAAACAAAAAAAAAAAUCUAACACGAUGAGUCUGCUCUACACAUAUUAAACACUAAUUUGAAUGUGAAAUAGUGCUUGGAUUUCUUGAUGAAAAGCAAGCAUUGACUGUGAGUGCCCUCUGAAUAGUAUUUAUGUUACUGAGGUGUGUUCAUACUUCGGCAAAUCUUUACAAUUAACUUUUAAAAAACAAACUGUGCUGUUCAUAUGGGUUAAAUUAUUAGAGAAAAGGCAGUGCCUUCUCUCUGUGGAAUAAAAGAUAUUUGAUGAGUUUCUUCAAGAUGUGAUAUCAGAGUUUUAGCUUGACUUCAUCAUGUAAUGGAAGUUUGAUGUGUUAUUUUUACUAUGAAGUCAUGUUGUGUAAUAGUAUUCUGGAGAAUAUAAGAGGGGAAAAUAGUCCUGAUUUCAAAGAGUUUUUUACAUUUCUUUAAAGAAAAAAAAAAUGUUUACAAUCUUAUAGAAAAUAUUCAGGUCUAUGACGGUUUAAUGAAUUUUUAAGAAGUUAUUUUUGGUAAGGUCAUAUUUGGGGAUGAAAAAUUAAACCUCAGCAGUUUUUUGUACCACUAUGGUUACUGUGUAUUUACUUAAUUUCUUAUUAUGUGCCUUACUAUGUGCUUAUGAUACAAUAGCUUUGAGUUUUAUCUGAAAUAUCUUGAAAAAUGUAUUGUGGGCUUUUCAAAUUUUCUUCUUUCUGUUUUUGUAAAUAUUUUCCUUGCUACUUCAUUUGUAAUUUUAUUUUUUUUUCAGUAAGUAACACUCUGAAUUCUAGUCACUGGUGCUUUGGUAUAGAGAUAGGGCAGAGGUGGGAAAGAGGUUUAACUCAUUGUACAGUCCUGUAGGCCUCUUUGAACUUUGCUGGUUGCAGUUGUCUGAUACCCAUCUUUGACUGAAAAAAAAAAUCCCAGACAGAAAAAUGCACCAAAACAUACAAACAAACAAAAUCUCUACAGAAAGGCAAAAGAGCAAAUUCACUCCAGUUUCUGGACUUUAUCUAACUUUUUGAGAGACAGUGGCUGUAACAGUUUCUCUUCCAGGUUCCUGCAUUUUCAUCCCAAUUUGACCUUAAAGGGUGUUCUUUCCUUUACAGAAAUCAAAAUGUUCAAUUACUGAUUGUCCAUUUCUAUUUGGAGAAUGAGCUGAGAUGCAGUGAGUUUGUGUUGAAAAUACAUAUGAACUUUACUGAUUUCUGACUGUAUUUUAAGAAAAAAUAUGUUUUAAAAUGCUUUUUUUUUAGAAUUUA